UAUUAUUCUAGAUUGCUUACUCGGCCAAGUUAUUAGAAGACAAAUCUUCCUCUCAAAUUCUCCAGUCUCCAUUACAUUUCCCAAAUUUCAACGGUGUUGGAUAUUAAAUAAUGAAUACAGUAUCGUUAUUAUAAUCACUAAUCUUCCAAAAAAUGGCGUUGUUACGUUUACUCUGUUUCUCUCUGUUCAUCGUCUCCGCCAUCAUCAGCUGCCAUGCCCUCCAGAUCGGAGUUUACUGGGGACAGGGUCAGAAUGAAACCACCCUCUUUGAUACUUGCGCCACCGGCAAUUACCAAAUCGUCAACAUAGCCUAUCUCAGUUCAUUUCAUACACGUGGAAAUGGAACGCUUAAUUUACCGGGCCACUGCGAUCCAACCACCGGCGACUGUACUAAAUUGAGCAAAGAAAUCAAGUCAUGUCAAGCCUUGGGCAUCAAGGUUUUCCUCUCCAUUGGCGGCGGUGCCGGUAGCUAUACUCUGAAUUCCACCAACGAUGAUGAUGCCACCAACGACGCCUUAUACUUAUGGAACAAUUUCCUCGGCGGCAAAUCAAGUUCCCGUCCUUUAGGAGAGGCCGUACUGGACGGCAUUGACUUCGUUGCCGCAUGGGAUCAGUCAGCGAAGCAUAGAGAUAAGCUUGCAAGAGCGUUAAUGAAAUACAAGGAACAGAGUAGGAGUAAAAUUUACUUAUCCGCUGCUCCAGAAUGUCCCUUCCCUGAUGCGGAUCUACAGCCUGCUAUCAACACAGGAGUCUUUGAUUACGUUUGGGUUCAAUUUUUCAACAAUCCCCCCUGCGAUUACUCGCAUGGAAGUCUUGAUAACUUGCUGGCUAGUUGGACUAAGUGGACAGAAAUAAAUGCAGGCGAAGUGUUUGCGUUAUUGCCUGCGGCUCCACAAGUGGCAUUUUCGGGAUAUAUUCCUCCUGAUGCGGUGAGAAGUCUAGUGUUACCGGAGCUUAAGCGCAAUUCAAAAUUUGGGGGAGUGAUUUUGUGGUCUAGGGAAUAUGACAGAGGGUAUAGUUCAAGCAUCAGCCAACAGGUAUGUGGAUCGGCGUGGAGUGACACGACGAGUGAUAUGGCGUUGCUCCCCAUGGGCAGUAAGUAUGGCGAUACACAAGGAUUUAGAACUUGUAGAGGAACUUGUAUGCUUUGAAUAUGCUCAAAUUGAUAAUAUAGUUGAAUCAUGUUCAAGUUUACUCCUAGAUUGUCUUUUUAUUAGAAUCAAAGUAAAUUUUACUUCUCUCAAACCUCUUAUCAUGCUUCAAUAUUGUUAGAACCCUCGAAAUUAUCUCAAUCUCGUUCUUUUUGUGGUAA